AUGAUUUUCCAUGCAGCCGAUAAAAGCGAUGAGGAAGACAGACUCAGUCAUAAAGAUAUCUCCGUCGACUCAAGUGGGAGCUGGUUCAGUCGCACAAGGGAAUCCCUGAGAGGGGACAUCUCUUCAAUAUGUUUACUAUUGUUUCUGUACUUAUUACAGGGUGUUCCUCUUGGCCUAAUCGCUGCAAUUCCCUUACUACUACAAAGUAAGCAUGUAUCUUAUGGUCAGCAAGCUGUGUUUUCUUUCGCAUAUUGGCCGUUUAGUAUGAAGUUGUUAUGGGCGCCCAUUGUCGAUUCAGUAUAUUGGCGGCGGAUCGGGCGUCGAAAAUCAUGGAUGGUUCCAUGUCAAUACCUUAUUGGGCUAUUCAUGCUUGUACUUUCAUUCAAAGUGCCAUAUGUCAUGGAUGCUCCUCCUAAUGUACUUUUUCUCAUGUUAAUAUUUUUACCACUGAAUUUUCUCGCUGCAACCCAAGAUAUUGCUGUUGAUGGUUGGGCAUUAACCAUUCUCUCAAGGAAGAAUGUGGGUUAUGCUUCAACAUGCAAUGCCGUUGGUCAAACUGCUGGUUAUUUCCUUGGAAAUGUAGUAUUUCUAUCACUUGAGUCGGCUGAUUUCGCUAAUACAUUUAUUCGAUCAGCCGAUAAUCAAAAACCAUACGGGAUAAUCGAUUUAGCAGGUUUCGUGUUCUUCUGGGGUUGGGUCUUCAUUGUUUCAACGACAUUAGUUCUCAUUUUCAAGAAGGAAGUGGAUAAUUCCCUUGAAACCUCCACGGCGGGCAGGGACGAUGACGAAAAAGAGCUGGACCUCGGUAUCGUAGAAACGUAUAGUGUUCUGUGGAAGAUCCUCAAACUCAGGCCCAUGAUAAUCAUGGUUUUCAUCCUACUCACAGGAAAGAUUGCCUUCGCAGCUACUGAUGGUAUUACUGGCCUAAAAUUGAUCGGUAUGGGAAUACCAAAAGACAGGCUGGCCAGCUUCGGCUUGUUUUUGACACCUUUGCAGAUUUUACUACCAUGGAUGAUUGGGAAAUGGACGGCCGGACCAAGGCCGCUGAACAUAUUCUUGCUUGCAUAUCCUUACAGGUUGUUCGUUGGAGGAAUCUUUGCCCUUUUGGUGUAUUUUACCCCACAUUUCAAACUAGAAACUGGUAAAUUUAAUAACUUGGUGUACGCUAUCUGGAUACUUGGUUACAUACUUCAUCAGGUGGCAACAUACUGUAUGUUUGUGUCAAUGAUGGCUUUCAAUGCUCAAGUGUCCGAUCCACGAGUGGGAGGAACAUACAUGACAUUGUUGAAUACCCUGAACAAUCUUGGUGGUAACUGGCCGGUUACCUUGAUACUGUCUGUUACGGAUUGGUUCACUUAUAAGGACUGUGUUGUCAAGGGAACCAAAGAUGUGCUCUACGCAUGUAAUACGAAAGAGCUUGCCGAUCAAUGUUCUGCCGGUGGUGAUGUAUGCGAAGUGGCAAUCGAUGGUUAUUAUAUUUCGGUUGCUGUAUGUUCUGUAAUCGGUCUCAUUUGGUAA